AUGCUUUUGCAAUAUAUUCUCUUGUUUUCAGUUAAAAUGACUCACAUUUGUUCUAAACCUAUACUUAUUGGACCAUCAAUUUUGAAUGCGGAUUUGUCCAAACUAGCUGUUGUUUGUGAUCAUCUACUUAACGCUGGCGCUGAUUACCUACACCUCGAUGUCAUGGAUGGACAUUUCGUACCUAAUAUCACAUUUGGGCAUCCUGUUGUAGCGUCUUUGAAAAAACACCUUCCAUCCAAGGCGUUUUUAGAUCUUCACAUGAUGGUUUCUAAUCCCGAAAAGAAUAAAUUAUCAUUCGAAGAAUCUUUAAAAAAACAUUUAUUUAAUUUGAUUUCCUUACAUUGUAACCUAAAGACUAGCCGACAAACCACUAAAAUCCAAUUGACUUUAGAUUAUCAGCUCCAAUAUUUUGCUCGAAAUCCUUUACAAAAUUAAUUAAUUAAUUUAAAAGUCGCAUAACAAACGUGCUACAAUCAACGGAUUAUAUUCCAACGAUCGAGAUUUUUUUAAUAUUUUCAGUCAUUCCUGCCUUCGAAAAGGUAAUUGCCAAUCAUAUCAAAAAUUAGCAUUUGUUCGAAUUAAGUCAGAUUAUUAUUCUUUUCAGAGAUUUUGCAAGCUAUGUUAGUCUAAAGAGUUAACAUCAAAAAAGUGGAUAUUGUUUACUGACUAAUAAAGUGGUGAGAAAUAAUUUUUCAGUGUUUCCAAGUAUCCUCUUUUAUUUCAGUUAACGAUUUUGAUUAGCCCAAAAUGACCUAAGAUGAACGAAUUUCAGAAAAUUAUCAAGUUGUGGUAAAUAACUGCUUCAGAGUCAAUAGUUUCAAAAAAGCUUAUCCUUACCAGUCUCAAUUUACAAAAUCUUAUGCGGUUUAAGUUACUGGUAUUGAUUUUAAAUCAAUGUAAUGCGGUUUUGGUAUAGAUCCUAUCUUAGUAUCUUCCUUAUAAAUAUAUUUACUGUUAAUAUGAGUUAUAGGAUGAAUAAUAAACAUUUUACGCGUAAGAAAAUACAAACUCCUCAAUUAUUGCUACACAAGUAGAAAUUUUUAUACGAAAUUGUCACCAUUUUGCUUUACUGAAGCACUCGGUUUUCGCCCAGUGGACCAUAUGUUCGGGCAACACUUCACCUACUUUCCAUACUCAUACUUGGUAAUAGUACUACACCGUCAACCAUUUAAUCAACUGGGUAGUAUGACUAAUACUCGCAUAAACAAUAUGGUACAGAGAUAAGUGCAUAAAUGUGUUCAUAGUAGAUGAAUUUAAUUACCAAUAGUCUGUUCGACAUAAGCCACGUAAAAAACUGGCACAAAUUUGUUUCAGUCCAACAUAAGGAUAUGGUUGCUUUUCUAGACUCUUUACGACCCCUACGUGAGUUUAUUCUUUGCACUCACGUAUUUAUCCCUAUCAAAUACUCAUUUGUAACGUUAAGGGUUUUAUGCAUGUGUGUGCUUAACCCACGUGCGUAUACUUUAAUUGGUUCUGUAGUUUAUACAUUAUUGCCUUAUAUACAGAAUAAGUCAUCCAUUACUCAUUGAUUUUUAUCUAGAAUACCGACUUCCAUGUUCGCUGCUCUAUUAAAGUUCGUAUGAUCUUCACAUGUAUGUAUGAAAUAUAAAUAUCGGAAAACAUAUUUAGUAUUCUACUUUUUCUACGUUGUAUUAAUGUGAUCGGUCGAUACAAGAUAUACGAAGCUAAGUAGAAUCGGUACUUUAUUAGCAUCAGCAUCCUUAGAGCAACAAGGAGUCAACACAAGAUUAAAUUAUCUUGAUGAACACCAAAGUAGAAGUAGCAAUAUCAGUGAUAGAAAAAACAACUAGGAACAGUGAAUAUGGUUUGAGGAGAAAGAAUGAAUCUAUUCAAAGUAUGUAUAAAAUCUUUUUUAAACCCAUUAUCUAGAGAUAAGCAAAAAUUUAAAGCGUCCGGGCCACCAAUUUCGAGUUGUUGCAGCGCCUCUAACCACUGGACAUGAUUAUCACCUCUUUCCAGCCAGGCAGUUUGCAUCUACCAAUAUGGGUCAGUUGAUAUCACCUCUAAGAAGAUUGCCACAGUCUCACAUAAAACAGUUAUUAUCAAACUUCACCUAAAUUGUUCUGAUUGUAGUGUUGAGUUUUGUCAUUGAGCAUAUCCAAUUUAUAUUUCUAAUGCAUCAGUUUCAUACGCGUACUUCUUCCCUACUGUACUUUAACAUUUGAAAGUGGGUUGAAAAUAUGAAAGCUGCUGGGGCAAGCCAAUACACUUUUCACUUAGAAUCAACUGGAAAUGCUAUGCAUUGUAUCCACAAAAUACGUGAAGCUGACAUGAAAGUUGGUCUUGGUAUAAAACCAAAAACACCAGUCACUGAAGUAUUACCUUAUGUUGACUCCGUUGAUAUGAUUUUAAUUAUGACUGUCGAGCCCGGUUUUGGUGGGCAAAAAUUUAUGGCAGAUAUGUUACCAAAGUCAUAAUACUAUUAAUAUUAGAGUUGGUUGUAAAAACUGAAAUCGUGUAACAAAACAAAUACAAUUAUCAUUAUUUGCCACAAUGCUAAAAAUAUGAUCUAAAUUCUCAUUUUCGAUUAUUUUAUAGGUCAUUCUGUAUACCUUGUGUUAUAUUUAUCAGUGUAAACCCCAUGACAGUCUUCAUACCUUCGUUUAGUGUGUAUAUCUAGAAUAUGUGUUUACUCUUGUAAUAAUAUCUAGUUCUAUGUUUCGAUUUUCAUCAGUCAAAACUCAAGAUUAAGCAGUGUUUGUAAAUUAAAAGCUCAUAUAUAUCUAAUACCCCCUUGUACCAAUAUGUAUGCACAAAUAAAUAAAAUGCAACCCGAACAAGAAAGCAGCGGCCUGCUUGAAUAUCUGGGUUACCUGCUUUUGCCAUCUAAUUAUUUCAACAGGUUAUCUGUUCUUUCAUUUUGUUUUAACGUCUCAUUAUGUCCAUUAAUCGCAUAACCUAUUCAGGCGCUUUUAUAAAAAGCCUACGACCUCUCGCUCCACAAGUUACAAAAAUUACUAUAAAAGACUUCGUGGUGGUUGGCAAUAUGCGUUAAAGAGAAUGAAAAUUAAUCAUAUGUCGAUUCCCGAGCUGCUAAAUUCUAACUGCCGAUCACUAAUCAACAAAGUGGACUAUCUACAAUUCCUACUAAGUCAAAAUAUGUAUCGUAAUUGUGGUGUCAU